AUGUCUCGAACCUAUUUCGCACCCGAUGGGCAGACAAGUGCUUCAGACCAGUAUCAGCAAUUCGCGGAGAAUGCUACUCAGCCAAUCAGCAACCAGUCUCCAACCCAUGAUUCGACUGGUCCAACAGGAGCCCCUGAAGGCUACAGCCUAGUAUACGCCGACAAUGCAUUUCAGGACACAGACACGACGUCGCAAUAUCAUGCUGCCGCGGGGGCCGGAGAGUCACCAGAUGGCACGACUUUCGAGGACAGACUAAGGUCACUUAUGAGGAGACAGGGUGAUGAGUUGAGGGCAUUUGCUGAGAGGGAGGCUCGUAAUGUUGAUGAAAUUCGAUCUCAAGCUGCUGGACUGGCUAAUGCAUCCCCCCACGAAUUUCUAUAUUCUGUCGCAAUGCAACCUCUCACACCACAAGAUACGAUCACUAGGAUGGACGCUGCGCUCGAGCAUCUUCACCAAGCCCUAGGCUACGAUGGAUUCCUGGCGGUCGUCACACCCGUUGACGCAGAUGGAGACGGUGGUAUAACGGCAGGAACAAAAGUCGGUCUGGAAUUUUGGAAAGGUCUUCGCGGUGGAGGAUUAGCCGGUCUCAAAUCGCUCAAACUCAGAUGUAAAGCAAGCCGGGAGACCAUGGGUGCCCUCUCAGAUCGCUUAGGCGGUAACACCAAUUCCACGACUACUUCGACGGCAUCAAGAAAGAGUCUGGAUAUCAAACAAGAGCUUAAUAGCGCUAUGCGUAAUGCUCUGAGGGAAGCGGCCGGAGAUCCGCUCGCUGAGAUGAGGUGGACAAAGCCAGACCAGCUUGAAGGGUACGGGGUUAGGAUUAUUGGAUGGCCACCGGAGAUCGCGCUGAGAAACCCUAGUAACAAUCCCGUACGCGACAACAAAACGCUCCUUCAACUUCUUAAAUCUGGUCAGCUCCGCUUUGUUAGAAAGGACUCGGCCGAAUGGGAACAAGCGGACCCUAGCGCCUUGGUCCGCUCCACUGCUCAAGCCGCUCAAGCUCAAACUUCGGCCCAAGUCCAGCCACAGCAUAUCCCUCCCACCCAAUUUGUAUCUCCCCAACCACCGGUGGCCCGCACCACUUCAACCGGAUUCAUACACCCACAUGCUCCGCACCCGCAUGCACAACCCCCCGCGUCGCUUCAGCAUCCACCUCCCCCUCAACAAACUCCCCAAACAGCCCCACCCCCACCUGGCCAACCUCAAACGAUGCCGCACCAACAACAAUUACAACACCCCCAAAUUGCGUAUGUGUACCAGGUCCCGCCUCCCGGCCAAGCGUGGAUCCCGCUUCCUGGCGUGUACGGCACCCCCUUUGCCCCUCCUUCCCAUAUGGUUACAGAAGAUCCCAACGCAACACCUACGCCCGUGAAUCCGAACCCGAGCCCAGGUCCAGGGCCAGGCCAAGGACCUAGUCCAAUCCCGCCGCCUCCCUCGGGAGCUGUCUCGCCCAACGCGACUACCGCCAGAAAGAGACGGUCCGAGGCUGGUGGUGCGGGCGGUGGCAAAAAGAGGAAUCGGACGACGGCUGUGGAGGCUGCGUCUGGGUAA